AUGACCCCUGGCUCCACCAAAGCCUACCCACUGCUGCAUUCCCACCUCCAGCCUGAAUAUCCCACUACCAUUGCCAUCAGUUUCAAGAGAGAGGCUGAGGGGCAUUUUCAAGGAGAUAAAGCCAAGAUGAUGGAUGAACCACAGAGAAGAUUCACCAAGUUAUUGGCCAAACCUACUCCUCCAAAGCCAGAGCCCAAGCCUAAAAAGGCCCCUGCCAAGAAGGGAGAAAAGGUACCCACAGAGAAAAACAGAAAAAAUGAUGCUGGCAAGGAUGGGAAUUACCCUGCAGAGAAUGGAGAUGCCAAAACAGACCAGGCACAGAAAGGUGAAGGUGGUGGAGAGGCCAAGUGA